CCGUAAAUCGGCGGACACUGUCUUCAAUACACGAUCUUUGUUUGGCCUCACCUGUCGCUAGGAAACACUCAGUCCGCCUCUUUCGUCCAGCGAGCCAUUCCAUUGGUUUGUGAAUGAGGGUGGAGGUGCUGCCUUAAGGGAAGUUACCUUCUUUCAGUAAAAAUACAUAGUCGAAGUCAAAAACAGAAAGGAAGUUGUAUUUGAGGUAUUUCAAGCUGACAUUUAUAAUUGUUUCCUAUAUUUAAACAGUUCCAGAGUUCCACCAUGGAGUUUGGUGAGGAGUCGUCCCCUGCUCUGGCGUUUGAGAAGGACGCUUUUGAGCUGACGGUCGAGGAUGUGUAUGACAUUUCGUACGUAAUCGGGCGAGAUUUGUUAAAAAUAAGCAGCGCCGGUGAAGAAGUGUCGGAUUUGCAGUUCAGGAUCGUCCGAGUCCUGGAAAUGUUUGAAACUUUGGUCAACAAGUACAAUCUGUCUGUGGAGGAGUUAAAACUGGAACGGGACAACUUGAAGAGUGAACUGGACAGGAUCAUCAAAGAGGGCUCGUCUGCGGGACAGGGCACGCACACAGGGGGACCCAAUCAGCUGGUGGUGGACCUGACGGAUCCCAACAGACCUCGCUUCACCAUGCAGGAGCUGAAGGAGGUCCUGCAGGAGAGAAACCAGCUGAAGGCUCAGCUCAUGGUGGCUCAAGAGGAGCUCCAGCUGUAUAAGAGUGGAAUUCUUCCACAAGCUGAACCAGCCAUGGUAGAAAUAAAUCUGGAUCCUCCAGCAGCCACAGAGCACAAUCCAGCCACGAUAAAUGAGAAGACAACCAUAGGAAAACUGUUUUCAUUCAGGCGGAAAUAAAGCAAAGCACAGGACCAGAAACGACCAUGAAGGAGGCAAACAGGUUUUGUCUGCAGCUUAACCACUUUUGUAAAACCUUUUUACCCUGUUUUAAUCUUAAAAAUGAUUUUUAUUUGUAAUUUUAACCCAAGAUAUUUUUUUAAUAUUAUUUUAUAGAGUUGCACAACUUGAAUUUAUAAGCAAGUAUCAUCUUUUAAGUAUUAUCCGACUGGUGUCGACAGCUGCAAAUGAAGCCUUGAUGCUGACCCAGUUUUUAAAUUGAUUUUUUUGUUAUUUGAUAGAAAUAUAAAAAAAAUAUAACUGUAAAGUAAGAAUAAACAGAUCCUGAGGCUUUGUGUGUUGCUGUGAUAUCCUCAACUUGUCUUAAAAGAUUAAGUUUUAGCUUUUUCAAUGUAAUGCACAACAGGAAUGUUGGUGGAAAUGUUGGUCUGAGGCUUCAGCGUAAAAGAAUUUGAGAAAUGCAGUUUCAAAAAUAAAAGGAUUAGGUUGAUAUCUGAAUAAUGAUUUCAAUGAAACAAGUCUCAGCUUAUGCAGUUGUUAAUGCUGGCAGUGUUAACUCAAACUAUUAAGCUUAUCACUAUUGGAUGUUUCUUCUCAUGAGAAUAAAUCUUUUGCACUUUUUCUCAUUUUA